AUGACUCGAGUCCGAGUGGCGCGAGGAAUCUUUUCUCGCGAAGACGAAUCGGCGAAGGAAUAUUCAACAACGAAUGCAAACCGAAUGUGCUGUGCAAACUUCGGCGUGACGUCAUCGCCUGCGUCGAACGAACGCGGCGGAACUUCAUACUUCACACGUUCUCUUCAUCCACGGCUCGCGUCAAUCAUGAACACGAUCGGUCUCGCGAUCUUGGGCGCCUCGGCGCUCGUCGACGGCGUCUCAGCAGCAAACCUGUACGGGACGCGCGAUCUCUUCACGAGCGCGGCGACGCCGGCCUCGGUUCUUGUCGACGUGACGAACGUGCAUUCGCCGAAUGGUUUGCAGACCCUCAACGCAUUCCUCACAGACUCGGAGAGCAAAAACGACGCAAUUUUGAGCGGCACUGCCUGCUCUUCGCGAAGCUUUUUCGCGACGUGUUUCGACACGCCGGCGAUCGGUUCGGGGCUCACUUUGCACAGCGUCGCCUCUGACGGAACAAUUCACCUCAUGGGUAUCACCGACCGUGGCCCAAACCAAGAUUGCGGCGAUAUCGCCGAUGACUUCAACACUACGGGUCAACAAUACACGUAUCCCACCGGGUUCACUGGACCCUCCGUAUCGAAGGGAAAAGGCUUCCCGGUUCCGAAAUUCUCCCCGACGAUUGUCAAGGGAUAUUUGGACAAGACCAACAACCGGUUUGUCCUCGACAAAACUUGCAACUUGAAGCGCGCUACAGCGCCGGAAAAUUUCACGACGGAUGUAACCGGCUUGCCGACGAAUACCAACGACGACACCCCGUACGAUGGAUGGUGCCGAAACAAGCUUCCCUAUGAUGAGGGUGGACAAGACGCGGAAGACAUCCAACCUAUUCCAGGCACGAACUAUGCCGUGAUCGUUGACGAGUACAACCCCUCCAUCUCCGUGGUCGACAUCGAUUUCGCCAGCACGAACUGCGGCAUGGUGAAAGUACGAUACGUUCCGGAGAGCAUCAGCCUUCCGAAUGCGGGCUACGAUGUCAAGAAUAUCCUCCCGCGAUCGUUUGAUCAACGCCGCGCUAACCGUGGUCUCGAGGGCGUCGCUGUGAGCCCGGAUGGCAAGACGGCUGCCGCGUUCAUGCAAAGUUGCAUGGUCGUCACGGAUGCGACUUACCGAACCGAAGCCGGUCUCGGCGCCGGCAGCACCGAGGAUGGCAAAGACUGCGAGUUCACCCUGGUUGCCUUCCUCAACAUCACUGAUCCGCUCAACGCGAAAAUGAUCGGCACGAAGUUGUACCCGCUUGAUUCGUACCAAGAGUGGGGCUUCACGUCUUUCGGCAAAAUGGACAGGGUCAAGGUCUCCGCUGCUUUCUGGCUUGGACCCGAAUAUGGCGUGACGAACAACAAGCAAGUCAUCGCCGUGCUCGAGCGAGAUCCGAGCGUGCGCAUUCACAUCGCUGACUUCUCCGCUGCGGAGUACAUCGAUGAGUCCAAGAACUCCGCCGCGUCACUCAAUGUGCUCGUGAAGAAGGUCAACGUCACCGCCAAGCUCGGCUUCAACGCCUUCGCCACGAAAAAGCUCGUCGUUGACACCGCCACGGUCGACGGCUACGUCGCCCGAGGCGAAGGCGCCAAGGUCGAGGGUUUCGCCUUCCUGAACAACUACACCAUGGUCAUCGCCAACGACAACGACUUUGGUUUGGAGGGCAACAAAGUGUCCACCGUCGACAUCAUCCGCCUCAACGCCUCCGUCGCCGAGCUCAUCGACCCGACCAUCAACGACGUCCCCACCAAGUCCAGCGCCGGCUUCGCCGCCUCGACCAUGGUCGCCCUCAUCACCGUCGGCGCCACCUUCGUCUUCGCGUGA